CUAACAAGUUGAUUGUUUGGAAGUGUUAUUCGUUAUUUAUUUUGUUAUAUAUUAGAUGGUGUUAGUUUCAUUAAAAAGAAACCUAAUUUAUUAAAUUACAUUUAAGAAACAGAAAAUGCCUUACGCAAAUCAACCCUCUGUUCACAUAACAGAACUAUCUGAUGAAAAUGUAAAAUUCGUUGUGGAAGACACCGAACUAAGCGUAGCAAACAGUAUGAGACGCGUAUUUAUCGCUGAAACACCAACAAUGGCCAUCGAUUGGGUACAGUUAGAAGCUAACUCCACCGUUUUGAGCGAUGAAUUCUUAGCACACCGCAUCGGUCUCAUUCCGCUUAUAUCAGACGACGUUGUAGACAAAAUCAGGUACUCGCGUGAUUGCAUGUGUGUUGAUUUUUGUUCCGAAUGCAGUGUCGAAUUUACAUUAGACGUAAAAUGCACAGAUGAACAAACAAGACAUGUAACAACUGCUGAUUUGAAAUCCAGCGAUCCUAGAGUCGUCCCUGUUACAUCGCGACACAGAGAUGAAGACCAGGCCGAUUAUGGUGAAGCAGAUGAAAUAUUAAUAAUUAAGUUACGUAAGGGUCAGGAAUUGAAGCUUCGGGCGUAUGCGAAAAAAGGUUUUGGGAAAGAGCAUGCAAAAUGGAAUCCAACUGCUGGUGUGUCCUUUGAAUAUGACCCUGAUAAUAUAAUGAGACAUACGUUAUAUCCAAAACCAGACGAAUGGCCCAAAAGCGAGCACACUGAACUUAAUGAAGAUCAGUAUGAGGCGGACUUCAACUGGGAAGCGAAACCAAACAAAUUCUUUUAUAAUGUAGAAUCAUCAGGAGCUCUUAAACCAGAAAAUAUUGUAUUAAUGGGAAUAGUUGUACUGAAAAACAAAUUACUGAAUCUUCAAGUGCAGUUAGCGCAAGAGGCACAAAAUGAUGCCUUAGCAAUUAAUUGAUUUCAUAAAAUCUAAUAUUACAAUAAAUUUAAUUAGAUAAUAAAUGUUUUUGUAAUUUAAGUUUACAUUUUACCUUAUGGUGUGUAUAAGCCUUCAUUUUUCAAAAGCUUAGAAUGUUAUACACAGUAUUUCAGUCUGCAGUCUUAUUGAGAAGAAAUCACACUGAAGUGAAUGUUUCUGUUUCACAUCAAAAACUAGUAAUACUUGUGGAAUGCAAUUAAGAGGUUUAUACGCAACUUGCACAACAUGAAUACAACUUUAAACACGAAUUAAUACUACGGCCUUGUAAUCACAAGAAACAUAUGAUUUAAUAAUAAUCUGCAGCUUUUUGCCUAAGAAGAUACUCAGUAGCUACUAAAUAAAAAAGGAAAUUUUACUUUCUGAUA